CGCGAUGUUCCUGUAAUAAAAAGGUUCUACGGUUUUGGACCGAUACGCGUUUUAAAUUUCAUUUCGGCUUCUUUAUUGCUAAUUCGUUAUGAUUUAUGUGAAUUUUUUUUUUUUAAUUUUAAAGUAAAUCUUCUCAAAGAAAUUCGUUAGGGACUUUUAUGACCGUUACUUGGUUACUCGCUUACUGACAAGUUGAAAUCUCUUUUAAGGAUGCAUAAAAAGAUAUAGUUUUUUGUGGGCGAUUAUCACAAGCGAGAUAAACUGCAUCUUUUACAUUCGUCGUUAUCGGUGGUGCUGACCUCAAGAAUUUCCAAGGCCGACCAGUGCUGUUUAAGAAGGAAAGGAUACUAAUACUUAUAUAUAGAAAAAAGAAGAAACCUCCAAUACCUGUAGCCGUUUCCAGUAGUUCUCUUGAAUGUUAAAAAUUUUGCAAAUAUCGCGUGGUCCAAAGGAAUUUUUGGUCCUUCGAGCCGUAUUAUAACUACGGAUUUGAGUGUUCCACCCUUCAUUGAGCAUCUGUUGCUGCGGAGGCACAUCUGUCAGUGGGACCAACUCGGAGGACGUGUGUUUCUUGUGUUGUGUGAAGUGCUGUUGAGGAUUUAUGACGUUUUAUUUGUUAUAAACUAUUUUUUUGAUUGGUUUGUUACAAUGGGAAAUCAUCCUUCGAAUCAUAUACCGCUGGAUAAACGUGAUGUAUCUAAAUUUGGGGAUCCACACACGAGACGGAGCCUCCGUUCUCCUCGGAAAAUGGACCGGUUACGAAGGUCUUUCAGAGAUUCGUUCCGAAGAAGAAAGGACCGAGUUCCGGAAAGUUCGAAGCCUCAUCAAUGGUCGGCGGAUGAAGCUGCAGUUAGAUCCGGUACUUGUACGUUUGCCGUAAAAUAUUUGGGAUGUGUGGAAGUUUUUGAUUCGAGAGGGAUGCAAGUUUGUGAGGAGGCACUCAAAGUCUUGAGAGUAGGCAGCGGUUCACGAAGAAGACCAAUCCGCGCAGUACUUCAUGUUAGUGGUGACGGUUUACGAGUUGUAGAAGAGGAAACCAAAGGAUUGAUUGUGGAUCAAACUAUCGAAAAAGUAUCUUUUUGCGCUCCGGAUAGAAACCACGAGAGAGGAUUUAGCUAUAUUUGUAGAGAUGGAACAACAAGAAGAUGGAUGUGUCAUGGCUUUUUAGCACUCCGUGAGUCGGGAGAGCGAAUGAGUCAUGCUGUAGGCUGUGCAUUUGCUGUAUGCUUGGAGAGGAAACAAAAACGGGACAAAGAAUGUGGGGUUACAAUGAUGUUUGAUGCCAAGAGUUCCACUUUUACACGAACAGGUUCAUUCAGGCAACAGAGUAUAACUGAAAGAGCAGUUGAUGUUGUAUCCGCUGCCAAAACAUCUCAGCAACCACAACAAGCGAACCCCUUUGCCAUCGAACGACCCCACGCCACUCCAAGUUUGUUGCAGCGUCAAGGAAGUUGUAGAGGAUUCAGUACUCUGGGUCAAAACUCACCAUUCAAGAGGCAGAUGUCAUUGCGAGUCAACGAAUUGCCCAGCAAUACCGCCCGUUUGAACCAAUACAAGUCUCCGACAUCUCCUCCCAGUAAUGGAUUGAAGGAAUUGAAACCAGCUUCACCGAUUCCUGAGGUUUCUCCAGCUGAUUCUGUUACAGCUCUUUGCCAGCAGCUCUCACAAGGUCUCAGCCAGCUGACCCACAGCGGGUCGGACGACUUUAAUUUUAACAACACCACUUCACUAAAUCAAAACACAGUUAAUCUGAACCUAACUACAAUGAACAGUACUUACAACCAGUCUAUAAAUUCUACUCCAACUGCCAACUCAACUGGUAUAUCGCCAGUCAAGUUAAGUUUUAGUCCAAACUUCAAUAGGAGCGCAACAGUGAAUACAAGUUCGAUAGUCCAGACCAAUUCCAUAGUAAAUUCGUCACCCAUAAGGAAUAGUACAAUUCGUUCACAAGCCGCCAGUAUUAGUUCCAGUUUGAAUACAAGUACAGCCUCUAGUACGGUUAGUAAUUUGCCUAAACCUGAGCAAUGGUUGGGACAGAUCGUAAAAAGUACUAGCCCUGUACCGGGACGAUUAGAAGGAUCUACACCUAAACGGACACCCUCAUUUGGAUCUCAUUCUAGAACAAUGAGCCUAGACACGGGUUCAGAAAGCUUUCGAUCAACAAAACCAGACCCAUUCGAUGCAGAAUGGGCGGAAAUAGCAGCACGACAAGGUUCCAGCAACACAAAUCCCUUUUUGAAUCCAGCCCCUACGCCUCCCAAAGCUUUCCAGAUCCAACUUUAGGCGAAUGUUGCAAUAUAAAAGUACAGUACAGUUAUCAGCAAAUUCGAUAUUUUAAAAUAAGUAGGUAUAGAAUUUUAAUGGCAGAUACAUGCCAUUCUAUCAGGAGAGUUUCACUGAAAACACAUAAAAAGAUGAGUAGCCUUUGAGAGUAGGUAGAAGAGUAAUUUUCCUGUUCACUUCUUUAAAAGAAUCGAUUCAUUAAUUUUUUUUAUCACCUAAACAUUUUUCAGUAUAGUUACACAAAAUUACAGGCUGCUAAAACUAUAUCUAUGAUAUUUUCAGUUUUUUUUUCGAGAGAAUGUGUUACUUAUAAAAUAAUUUGUUUAGAGAGAGUUUAUGACUAUUAUUGUUGUCUGUUGUAUUUAUUUGUUUAUAUGAAUCAGAAUAUUUGUCCUAAUUGUGUAGAGACUAUAUUUUCUCCAUAAGGUUUAAUCAAAGGAGUACUUAUAAAAAUGUGCUUAAAUCAAUUAAUUAAUUUGUAAUAUAGCCACUCAGAUACUUAAUUAGUUUUUCGAAAUAUUCAAAAGUUUAACAAUUUUUUAUGUUUCCUUUGGUCCACACAAAAAUGAGUGAUACCUAAUAACAUAUCUCAUUAAAGACGAAAUGGUCAUAAUGCCAGGACUGAAAGUUGCAAUUAUUGUACAUAAAUUUGAAAAAUGCGCAAGCAAAUAUUUUAUUGAGAAUUACGAACUAAAAAUAAUAUUUAUCUAGCAAUAAAAAAGUAAACGAAAAAUCAAGAUUGAUUAGCUCAAAUACGUGGUGUUUCGGUGUUUUCACACAAAAAUAUUUCCAUAUGGAGUAAGUAAAUGCACAUUAAUAUAAAAGAAUAAUAAGAAUUCAUUAUCGUUCCAAAUGUAUCUAUGCUUUAACUAGUAGAUAUGUUAGAAACAUGGAAUUUUGGAAAUUUUGCGCAAACUUAUCUACAAAACUACAGUAUAUUGAAAUAAUUAUUUCCGUAAAAUCUAAACCCUUUGGAUCGUUGGUGUUUCAUGGACUAUUUUUUCAUUCUGAAAUUUGCCCUCAAUCAAUUUUGCAAUUUUAUUUAGAUAAAAAAAGAUGCUUUGUUCCAUGUAACUAACUGACUCAAGGCGCCUGACCAAUGUUAAUUUAGAAUAGUGUUUAAAGAUGAAAAAUGUGAAUGGACUGCUAAAUUUGGACAAUAUUGUCGGUUGAGAUGGUUUUAACACCGUUUUCCUAUACAAUGCAUUUAUUAAUUUUUUCUCUUUGUUCCAAUUUAGCCAAAAAGCGUUUGGAAACGGUUGUGAAGAGAAAUGUCUGUUUUUUAACGUUUCAUGUCAAGAUUGGAACAAGUCUUUUUCCUCCAAUUGAUUUUAUGGCAUUUAUUGAUAGUAGGUAUUACUUUACUUAAUUUUUUAAAACAUCAUUCCAUGCAAAUAAUUUAUUAAUGGUACUUUACAACCAUAUUUUUUUUUUCUGAUUUUUUUGGUAGGGGAUGGUAAAUAUUGAAAUAUUGUGUGGUUUACAGAUUUCCUAACCCAACAAUAUUCCAUAAUUGUAACAGUAGAUGAGAUCAUGAAUGUAUGUACUUACUAUACCUAGUGAAAAAAACAAAAGUUUUUUUAGAAAAUAGUAGCCAGAAGCUAUAUAUUUCCUAUUUGUAUUUAUUUCCCCUUCAUUGAGCACGCAUUCGCUCUAAAACUGGCACAAUGUACUUAUAUGUAUGUAAACUUAAUUGUAUUAUAUCUAUGCAAUAUUAUUUCUUUUGUAAAUUAAUUAAUAUUAUAAGUAUUCUGUUUAA